AUGCUUAGAAAUAUCGUGUUGAAGUCUUCUAGAGGGUCUCUUUCCGGUGCCGCGAGAACCUUUACCUCCACCGCUGCUCGCUUACAACCAGCGACCCCAGAUCCAUCGCAAGAAUCUUCUACUGGCCAAUAUAUUAACACCAUCACUAACCCGUACACAGUCACCACAUAUGCUAGACCAAAUUUGGUGUUCACCCACGGUAAAGGUGCUUAUUUAUUCGAUUUAGAAAAUAACCAGUACAUUGAUUUCUCUGCCGGUAUCGCAGUCACUGGUUUGGGGCAUGCUAACCCUGAAAUUGCUGACAUUAUCUCCAAGCAAGCUGGUACUUUGAUCCAUUGCUCUAAUCUUUUCCAUAACUUAUACGCAGGAGAAUUGGCCAACAAGUUGGUCACCAAGACCAAGUCCAGUGGUGGUAUGCAUGAUGCUCAGAGAGUAUUCUUAUGUAAUUCCGGUACUGAAGCCAAUGAGGCUGCCUUGAAGUUUGGCCGUAAAUAUGGUAAGCAGUUCAGCGACUCUAAAACUGAAAUUAUAACCUUCCAGAAUGCAUUCCACGGUAGAUCCUUGGGAGCAUUGUCGGUCACACCAAAUCCAAAAUAUCAGCAACCAUUUUCACCUUUAAUUCCAGGUGUGCACGUUGCCGAUGCCAAGGACAUUACCAGUGUUGAAAAAUUGAUAAGCAAAGAAAAGACCUGUGCAGUUAUCAUAGAACCAAUUCAAGGUGAAGGUGGUGUUUCCACCAUUGAUACUGAAUUCUUAAUUGCAUUGAAGAAAUUGUGUGAAAAGAACGAUGUGUUAUUGAUUUAUGAUGAGAUUCAGUGCGGGUUGGGAAGAUCAGGUAAAUUGUGGGCGCACGGAUUCUUGCCGAAGGAAGCUCAUCCAGAUAUCCUUACUAUGGCCAAGGCCUUAGGUAAUGGUUUCCCAAUUGGUGCUACCAUGAUCACCGAAAAGGUCGAGCAGGCAUUGAAGGUGGGUGACCACGGUACCACCUACGGUGGUAAUCCAUUGGGUGCUAGAAUCGGAUCGUACGUUGUGGACCAGGUCAGUGACGCCGACUUUUUAGCCAAGGUUGAAGAGAAAUCAGAUAAAUUCGUUAAGGGAUUGAACAAGAUUGCUCAGAAAUACCCAAGUAAGAUCUUGGAAGUUCGUGGUAAGGGCUUAUUGUUAGGGUUACAGUUCGAUAGUAGCGUGGACCCUGGAAAAAUUGCAACCAUUUGUCGCGAAAACGGGCUUAUCGUUAUCACGGCAGGAAUGAAUGUGCUCAGAUUAGUGCCAGCAUUGAACAUUGACAACGAAGCUAUUGAGAAUGGGUUAGAGAUUUUGUCCAAGGCUAUCGAUGAGGUUUGUAAAUGA